AUGAAAUUGUGUAUUUGGAAUGUUCGUGGAGAAAAUAAGAAUUUGUUUAUGGAUAAUGCAAAGGAUAUUAUUUCUAAUCAGCAUCCAGAGAUUUUUAUUUUUCUGGAAACCAAAGCAGAUGGGAGUAGGGCUAGAGAGGUGAUGAUGGAGUUACAUUUUCACGACUACAGAGUUGUGCGUCCAGUGAAUACAAGGGGGGGCAUUUGGGUUUUCUGGAGAAAUACAGUCGAUUUGGUACUCUUUGAUGCGGAAUCCCAUCAUUUCCAUGCCUUAUUCCAUUUCAAGAAUUUGGGUAAGGAGGGCCUCGUCACUGCAAUGCAUGCGCCUAGUAAUCCAGCUAGAAGGAGCCAAUUUUGGGAUCAUAUGCGUUCUGACUUGCCCCCCUCUAAUUCUCCAUGGUUGGUCGUAGGAGACAUGAAUGAAGUUAUUUCUCAAUCUGAAAAGAUGGGAGGGAGGCCGGUUCGAGGAUCGCAAGGUCGUAAUCUUAUCAACUUUAUGGAUGAUGCGGGGCUGGUUGAUAUUGGCUAUAAUGGUUGUAAGUAUACUUGGACUAAUGCUAGGGAUGGAAUGGAGCUGAUUCAAGAGCGACUGAAUCGAGUUUUAGCCAAUUCUCCAUGGCUGGACAAUUUUCCACAUACUAAGGUUCACCAUCUUCCUCGCAUUCACUCUGAUCAUUCUCCUAUUUUAGUUUCUUUAGAUAAUUGUGUUGUGAAUGGCCCCUUCCCUUUUAGAUGUAAAGAGGUGUGGUUAUCUCAUCCGAAAUUUUCUGAUUAUUUUGUUCAAAAUUGGAAACCUCCUAAUAAUGACUUUUUAAAUGGUAGAAAUUGUUUUUUAAAUACUAUUUGUAACUGGAAUCACAAUAUCUUUGGGAACCUUAAAAAACAAAAACGAAUCAUUAUAGCUAGAAUUGAAGGGAUACAAAUUGCUCUUAGUAAUAAGUAUUCUCGUUUUCUCAUUAAUUUAGAAGCUGAUCUUUUAGCUAAUCUUAACGAUAUCUAUAAAAAAGAAAGAAUCAUUUGGGCACAAAAGGCGGGUAUUAAUUGGCGUAGAUAUGCUGACUAUAAUACCAAAUAUUUUCAUACAAUAGCAAAGAUUAAAAAAUCAAAGGGAAAGAUUUUAACCCUAAAAAAUGAUCAAAAUGAAUGGGUAACUGAUCAACUCCUUUUAAAAAAUAUGGCUUCUUCUUAUUUUCAGUGCCUUUUUACUUCUCAACAUGUACAUGGUAAUGUCAAUUUCACUAAUAAAAGCAACCUAAAACUUACUGAAGAGGAAAUCAGAGAUUUAUUAUCAUGGUUUCAAUAG